CACCCUAACCUAGCUAACCCACCCUCACUUACACCCAUCGCCUACACCCAUUGCCUUUCUUUUCUUCGCCUCCUUCCCCUAAAUUUUUGAAAUCCCCUUCUUCCCCUAAAAUUUUCAGAAACGCGUCACAGACUCCGAUUCUCUUCUUCCAUUUUCAGAAAUUCCUCCGCCCUUCUUCCUCUCUUUCAAGCCGCUGAUUGCCGGCGUCACAGACUCCGAUUCUCGUCGAUUGUCGCUGUCGCUGUCGCUGUCGCCGCCGCCGAUUCUCGUCGUUCCGGGACUCUGUGCUCCGAGUUUACGGGGAGCAUGCGGGCCGAUUUGCGAGCAAAAUCGGCUCUAUAGUUCGCCACCACGCUCCAUUAAAGUAUAGUGGUUGGGGAUUUAUUUGAUUUAGAUUUUGAGGCGCAUCCACAAUUGAAAGACAUUGUACUUUAAAGGUUAUCGAUAUCAGUGCCACCAAAAAUAUCAGGCCAUUAUUGAGCAAGGAAAAGAUCCAUUGCAACAUUUACCGAAUCAAUACAUUAAAUUAGAUGAUUGGGAGUGCAUGUGUACCAAUUGCUUUGGUGAUGAUCAAUGGCAGAAAAAAGCACAGGUUGUUGCGGAAAAUCAUUCCAAAAAGUCAGCAGGUUAUUUGGGUGGCUCAAGAUCUAUAGUUCAACAUUUGGAGGAAGUCCAUAACACGCAUUCAAGUUCCGACUCAAAUGCUUUGGGAGGGUAUUUUGAGGUCUUCAAGAACACUCAUUGGAGCGAAUCACGGGGAUGGACAACUAAGAGAGCAAAUGAAGAUUAUGAACAAAUGAUCAAGAUCCGCGAUGCUCGUUUAAGUGAAGUACUAGAGGGGUCAGAACUUGACUCGGAUGCAGAGGAAGAAAUUUACUCUCAAGUUUUGUCAAGUGAGAGGUAUAAAAAAUAUGGUUUCAAGCGUGACAUAGGUCCUGUACUAAGAAAAGCGCCACAAGGUCGCAAAUCUAGAGGGUUAGGAUAUGAAAAGUUUGAAAAUGAAGUUUAAGAAAAUAAACGUCGUAUGUCGGAUAUGGAAAUUUUAAUGAAGCAACACAUGAGCUUAUUCCAAAGCUACUUCAAUAGAUUAAUCCACCGUCCGAUCAUCCUGGACCUUCUGUCCCAAGAAUAGAAGAUCCUCCGCCAUCACCACCGCCGGCCUCAAUAUUAAGAUUUUACUAAUACAAUAUUUGCAUAAAUGUUUGGGUUUGUUU